AUGUUUAAACUAGAGUUUAUACCCAAAAAUAUUCAGGAAUACAGUUCACCCUAGAGCAAAUCAUAAAUUUUUGAUCAAGAUAUAUUUAAAACACUGCUCUUUUAGAAGAGAAAGCUCAAAACCUUGCUUAAAAGAACCAAAAUUAUUCUAUAAAAUGAUAGUCUAUCACUUCAGAAUAUGUAUAGGCAAGACUAGGCCAUCUCAAAAGAUUAAAUUGAUCAAGAAUAUCAAAUCAUCAGCUAGACCGAAAUUAAACCAAGAUAUGUUUGCUAAUAAGAUGAAAAUAUUUAAAAUGACUAGAUAAUGUACUUAGCUAGUCAAACUUAGGCAAAACAAAUUUACUAGUUUGAUUCAAAGAGAGGGAAGCGUAUGAUAAUAUUACCUGAAAUUAUAAAAGAUGAAAAGGAAUAAAACAAAAAUGUUAAAGAUACUUUAUUACUAGAUAAAAACACUAGAACUCUCUCAUUCUCUAAUUCUGAAUCCCUAAGCAACUAAUCCAUUCCAAUAUCAAAUCAAAUCAGGCUUCCAUAUUUAAGUUAUAAAAAUGAAUUUUAGCUUUAAAAAAGCAAAUAGGGAUCUACUGAUAUAAUAAGUACUAGCAAGUCCUAAUAAAUUUUGCAAUUAUAAAAUAAGUAGCACAACCAAAUUUAGAGGCUCAAACUUAGAGACAAAAUGUAUUAAUCAGCUAAAAUUAAUGACAUCUCAUUUAAUCCUUAUCAAGAAACUGAUUCAAUCAAUAAAACUGAAAGGAAUUUAUCAUUAAACAUUGCAAAAGCUAAUGCAACCUCUUAAUAAAGAAAGGGUGAUUUAAGCAAUAUUUCUUCACCACUACUUCCUCCACUUACUAGAAAAAUUUUGCAACUAAAUGAACCCUUAAGUGGAACAAAAAAGAGAUAUAAUUUGAAGUAAGCAUUCAUUAAAUCAUUCGCAUCUCAAAGUGGAAAGAGAACUUCCUCAUUACACUCCAAUAAAAAAUGA